AUGGCGCAAGACGAUAAUACUCCUCCAAAUCUGCGCGGGCCUCCCCCUGGCGCUACCGAACCACCAGACCAUGUAAAGAAGCCACAGAUCUACGAGGUUUUCCAUCCCUCUACGUCGCUCGAUAGAAGCGACAUCGCCAGCGCAUCGCCGGCGGGGACAAGCACAGAGGGGCAGCCUAACAGACAACCAAGACCAACCUUCAAAGAUGGAAUUGAAUCCAUCAAAUCAGAUGAUUUUCUCAAAGUACAUCAUAUACCAUGCGCUAGAGAAGGUCUUAUGACAGGCAUAGGGGCCGGUGCGGUUCUGGGAAUGGGGAGGUAUUUUACGGGAGCGAGAGCACCUAAAGCGGCAAACUGGGCAUUCGGGGCCUUCCUCCUUGGCAGCAUAGUACAAUGGGAGUAUUGCCAGGCACAAAGGCGCAAGGAGCGUGCCGCUAUGGCACGGGUUGUCGAGGUCAUUGAUCGCAAACAGGCCGAAAAGAAGGCACAGGCAGCCGAGGCCGCGCGAUUAAAACAAGAAGCAGAAGAGAAGGCGCAACAGGCACAGAAAAGCUGGUAUAAAUUCUGGUAA